UUUUUAAUUUCCAAUCAAUUCAACAGAACUUGAGAGCUUAAAGUCUACUUCCACUUGUUCAUUCAUUGUUCAUUACCCCUCCUCGGGUAUACCACAAAGAGCUACAUCCAUAUUUUUUCCCAGCACAUUCUGCGUGUCUCCCUACACCACAAUGCCUUUGAUCAGCACCACCGAAGUCAGCGAGGACACUCGUGUCUUGGGAUAUGAUCCCCUUCUCUCCCCCCAGUUUCUGCAGACUGAGAUCCCUGCUCCCGCGCGCGCAUUAGAGGCCGUCCGUGCCGGCCGCAACCAGGCAAUUGAGAUCAUCGAGCAGCGCGAUGACCGCCUGCUCGUGGUUGUUGGCCCCUGCUCCAUUCAUGACCCUGAGACGGCUUUGGAGUAUGCCCGCCGCCUCAAGGAGCUGUCUGAGAAGCUCUCCGGCGACCUCUGCGUCAUCAUGCGUGCUUACCUGGAGAAGCCUCGCACCACUGUCGGUUGGAAAGGGUUGAUCAACGAUCCGGAUAUUGACGAGACCUACAACAUCAACAAGGGUCUUCGUGUCUCCCGCCGUCUUUACGCAGACCUGACUAGCAUGGGCUUGCCUAUUGCCAGCGAGAUGCUGGACACCAUCUCCCCCCAGUACCUUGCGGAUCUCAUCUCUCUCGGUGCCAUCGGCGCCCGUACCACCGAGUCCCAGCUGCACCGUGAGCUCGCCUCUGGUCUCAGUUUCCCCAUCGGCUACAAGAACGGCACCGACGGCAACCUGACCGUGGCCAUUGACGCCAUUGGCGCCGCCGCCCACCCCCACCGCUUCUUGGGUGUCACCAAGCAGGGUCUGGCUGCCAUCACAAAGACUUCCGGUAACGAACACGGUUUUGUUAUCCUUCGUGGAGGCAACAAGGGUACCAACUACGACCGCGAAAGCAUUAAGGCUGCCCGUGAGGCCCUCCAUGGCAAGAAGCAGCGCGAGGCUGUCAUGGUUGACUGCUCUCACGGUAACUCCAACAAGAACCACCGCAACCAGCCCUUGGUCGCAAAGGAAGUUGGUGACCAGCUCCGCGAGGGCCAGGAUGCUAUCAUCGGUGUUAUGAUCGAGUCCAAUAUUAACGAGGGUAACCAGAAGGUCCCUCCCGAGGGUCCCUCCGGCUUGCGCAAGGGUGUCAGUAUCACGGACGCUUGCAUCGACUGGGAGACCACGGUCACUGUUUUGGAAGACUUGGCAGAUGCAGUUCGUGCCAGACGUGCCGCCAAGGCUAAGGUUGCUGCCGAAUAAGCUAUCACGACUGUUUCGACAGUUCAGGCGUGACGGUUUCCCUUCUGUUUAUUCGAGAUGGUCUGAUUUAUAUACCAUAGCCAGGGCGCUCUGAUUUUUCCUGCCUUUAAUCCGGUGACGAUAAUGAUUCUCUUCGUUUUGUUUUCUUUCCACUUACUUGUCCACAUAUUGGGUGUUGUGUGCUCGCGUCAGUG